AUGGACAGCCGUGGGUCUUCCAAAAACUCCACAGGAAGUGGAAGCUAUUCACUGGAAGUCUCCCACCUGCGAGAGACAGCGAGAUCUGUUCGCUGGGAUUUGCCCCGGCUGCGGAAUAAGGAUGAUUCAAGAGGAGUCACCAAACAGGAAGCCUUCUGCUGGAUUCUGUACGGUUCCUCUCUCGCCACCAUGGUGAUACAGUUCGCCAAAGGGGAGACACUAUCGCACCUGGUGCUGGGCCUAUUCACUUAUUGGACCCUCUACACCGCGUCAGCGGAAUAUUCUACACGCUUCAGCGCUGAUGGCUCGGACCAUCGCCUGUUCUAUAUUCUGCUGGCUGUCAGCAUUUUCUUCAUGGAUGUGAACUGGACAGGAGACUUACUAGCAUCCACCAACGCGGAUGCCCGAAGAUUGCACUUGUCUGGCCUUGCUGCAUGCUACAUCUUGAUUGGCCUCAUGCACGCUCGUGUUGGACUCUGGCUACCUGCUUGCCGCAGAUUUGCUACCUUUCAUCUCAUGCUGAAUGCCGCAAGCGCUGCGCUGUACUUCUGGGCAUCCAGAAGCCGCGAAGCUCUGUGUGAGGUACUCUGCUGGAUAGCAUGCUUCUUGUUCUUCCCAAGGACGUAUGGGCUGCCGCAGCAUCAGCUUAUCGACUUGAUUACAAGACAGAGGAACGCGGAGGACUACAUUGGUCGGUCCCAGGCAGUCAUGAUCACAACUCUUGCGCUGGUGGUGAAAUGCAUUACCAAAGGUGUUGAACCAGGGCAAGUGGAAGUGGGUCAUGAAAGCUUCUGGACCUUGAUGUCUUCGCUCUUGCUGGUCAUGCUCAUCAAGCUUCUUCUUUAUGACGUUCAUAUUGCGGAUACGAAAUGGCAUGCUGUGCGCUGUGAGACGUCUCAGCUUCGCCCAGCAGCCUUCCUGAGCUUGAUUCCAGUGGCCAUGGCUGGAGUGAUGAUGAUGGCAGCCGGCUGCUUUCUGGUGCUGGACGAAGAAUUUAAGGAUUAUGGAGAUUCAGCAGAAGCGGCAGACCACAAAGCUGGACAGAACUUUUGCCAGGGCUUUGGAGUUCUGCUUCUAGCAGUGACAGCCAUGCGACUGCUUCACAAUGAGCCGCACGUGCCAUCAGUGCGCAGCAAGAGACGGCUGAUGGUCAUGUGGAAGGUACAAGUUGGCGUGCAGCUUCUGUUUGCAGUGCUGUCCGUAAGCCUUUCGGGCGAGAUCUCCGGCAAAAAGGGGCUCUACAUUUGCGUCGUAUUGACGGCUGUCCUGAUCAUACUCAACCUUUUGGAUGAGCUGGAAGAGCUCCGUGCCUAUCGUUCAAACUGGAGAGUGGUGCGCACCAUCGGUUCGCUCCACAGCCUGACCAAAUACAUGAAAAAGAGCUCUGAGAGUUCCAUGGAUGACAGACUAGAAACAGGUAGAGAAGCGUCUCAGGUGUAG